AGAUGGUUUCCCUCCCCUUUCAGACCCAGGUGCGAGCCGCAAUGUUUUAGUCUCCGACGCGGAUGUCCUCGAUGUUUGGCAAAGUCCGAGGCGGGGGGGUCAUUGCUCUGUCCGCCCCCUCGGAGCGCGACAGGACUGUCCAGGCGGUCACCCCGGAAUGUAACAUCGCCAUCCUGGGCUGUCCGGGCUCCGGGAAAUCCGCUCUGACUGUGAAAUUUCUCACCAAAAGAUUCAUCAGCGAGUACGAUCCUUACCUGGAGGAUACCUACACUACUGAAGAAAUUGUGGAUCACCAGCCAGUCCUCUUAAAAAUAAUGGACACUGCUGAUCAGGACAAACCAGUGAACUCUGAACGUUACCUGAACUGGGCAAAUGCAUUCAUUGUCGUCUACAGUAUUGAUAAUAGGAAAAGCUUUGAAGGGUGCCUACAUUAUCUAAAUGUAAUUUCUAGCCAUGCCAAAGGACUGCCACAGGACUACCCAAUUAUUUUGCUGGGGAAUAAACUGGACAUGGAGAGAUACAGACAGAUAAGCAAAUCUGAUGGACUGUCACUUGCAUCCAAAUAUAACUGUUCAUUUUAUGAAGUGUCUGCCAGUUUGGACUUUGAGUCUGUGCAGCAUGUGUUCCAUGAAUUGGUUCGUGAGGUGAGGCGAGAGACUGAACGUCACCUUCCUGUCAGACCUCUCUUUAUUUCUGAGGAGAGACCUGUGUUGGGUAUUGCCCACCCACCUGCCUUUGCCCAUGCUGUUAAACACCACCCACCUAUAUUUGGAACACAACGUCUGUCCACUGCCACCUACAAGGAAAUUCCCACCAUCACUUCAGCUAAACUGGUCACGGUGAAGUCAGCAAGGGCUCAAAGCAAGCGGAGAACUCCCACACUAACCUUACUUAAAGGAUUUAAAAUAUUUUAAAAUACUAAUCACUGCUCUGAAUACCAAAGCUCCAUGUAACUUUCUUUUAUCUAGUUAGGUCAAAACUUCUCUGGCUAGUGGCUUUGGAACUAAAACUGUCACAAAAAUUUAUAAUUAUCAACCUAACUAACUGAACACCAAGCACUUCAUCUGGUAUUGGUAUGAUCUUUGGUAAGACUAUGUGGAUUUAGGAUUGAGUAAAUGGAGCACCAGAUUUAGCAGAUGACGACCUGUGACUGUCUACCUUUGUCGAUUGCCAGCUGAAACCUCUUUUAGGCAAAAAUAUUGGAAAGAAGAGCCUUUGUUGCAGAGUCUGCUGUCAGAGUGCAGCCAUGGAAGGAAAGUUACCUGUUCAGUAACCUGAGGGUUAUCACCAUGUGAAAACAUGUUCCUCAAUAUGUUUAAGAUGAUGAUGGGGAGUCAAACAUUCUUUAACAGCACAUUUCAGAGGUUAAAAAGAAUCCAGAACAAGUUUUUCAAGAAGUAAGGAAGAACCAGCAUUGAAAAUGGUGUUUAUGUUUCAAUUGUCCAUUUCCAGAGGUGUUCACUAGAUUACAUUAGAUUUUGCACAUUUGAUAAUGAAGAGGAAUGCACAGCGACUCAAUAAACUUACACAUGGAAUGCUAUCUGUAAUCCUUUAUCUGUCUGGUUAUGCAAUGUUUUUUGCAAAUGAUAGAAUGAAGCAUUAGUCAUUAAGAAUGGGAUGAGUGCAGUUAAGGACACUGUCCUUUUUUUACAAGAAUGGUUCCAAGGAUGAGAAACAUUAGUUAUGAAAAUGGAUUGGAGACGUUGGAACUGUUCUUAGAAAGGAGAAGGCUAAGAGGAGAUUUGAUUGAGGUGCCCAAAAAUGAGGGGGCUGGAUAGAGUAGAUAGGGAGAAACUGUUCCCGCUCAUCAAGGGAUCGAGAAUGAGAGGGCACAGAUUUAAGGUGAUUUUCAAAAGAAGCAAAUGUGAUGUGAGAAAAAACUUUUUCACAUAGUGAGUGGUCCGAGUCUGGAAUGCACUGCCUGGAAGUAUGGUGGUGGUAGGUUCAAUCGAGGCAUUUAAGAGGGCAAUAGAUGAUCAUUUGAAUUGAAACAAUGUGCAAGGGUACAGGGGGAAAGCAGGAGAAUGGCACUGAGUCAUAAUGCUCAUUUGGAAAGCCAGUGCAGACAUGAUGGGCCGAAUGGCCUCUUGCAUCAUAACGAUUCUGUGACUCUCUAGAGUCCUGAUUUCAGUCCAAAUCAAGUUGGUAAGAAGACCAUCUUCCUUUAUCUCUUCUUACCCUUACUGCCACCUGUACAUGUUGCUAAACAAGGUGAAUUUGGGCAAUCACUAAUUUUCCAUUGGGUAGGAGGUUAUAAAAUGACAGUCCAUAAUUUGACAUGAAUUAUCACCGGAUUCACAAUCUCACUCCAAGGUCACAAGAAUGGCCAGUGUGAAGAAUAGAAGUGUUCACACUGCUGCACUGGGAUGUUCUGAACUAUGUUUGAGCUGAGACAGCUUUACUUGGCAUCUGACCAUACUCUAUCUGAUCUGCAAGUGUUGUUGACAUGAGGAUCUAAAUAAGAAAAGAACUCCUGAUAGUCAUGACCAGGCAACCAUGGAAAAUUAACCAAUGAAUAUGUAUUGGAAUGAAAACAUAAUUGACCAGUUCCCAGUAUGAUUACAAAACUUUCUGCAUAACACCAGAUAUCUGUUAUCCAUCAGUGAAAUGGCAUCAUUUUUUAAAUCUUGUUUGUUUUUAUUUUCAGUACAUUUGAAUAUGUAAGCUGCUUAUUAUGCAGGGGAGUAAAAAGCUAUCUUUCAAAA